CCUAAAGAAAAAGAUAUCAGAAGACUUCCAGCUGUCUUUAAGAAGAAGCAGAGGAGCCAAUACCUGAGAAGCCAAGAUGCCUGAGACAGCAGAAGCAGUUUCCUCAGCCCUGACCACCAACCGCAACUGCACCAUUGAAAUCACCAAUGUCAGCAGCAGCUAUUGUUUGGUGAAUCCCAAGGUGUACAUGUCCAGUGGCUUCAGCUUCAACCCACCCCAGCCCACUGUGCGCACCACCAAGACCGAGGUUUGCUCCUUCACCAAGGAUGACAACACAGCAUCCGGCAGCGUGGGGGUGCUGACCUACGAGCUCUUCGACAUGCGCAGUCGCCACUGCAAUGAGCUCAUCGCUAUCAUGUUCUCUGUGCCCUUCGACUACAACAUCUACAAGAACUGGCUUGGGGUGGGCAUCUUUGAGCACAAGCGUGCAUGUGAUGAGGCUCUCUACAAGCACAUGUACUAUGAAAAGAACUUCACCAACUUCACCCGCGCUGAGGCCAAUGGCUCCGGGGUGGAGUACAAGGGCCGAGUGGUAGACCUGAGGGCAACCAUGUCAAACAUAGGCAGGGCAAUAAUCAAGCUGGAGAUAUAUGACAAGAUGGGCCGAUAGGGCACCUCCUGUGAAAUAGUUGACCAAUUGCAGUGAUGGUCACAAACUGAACGGAACAGUGUCUUACAAUUUUGGUCUAAAUAAAGCUAAGUUUGUGACACAGGCAUGAGCUGAGCCAAGAUUCAAGAACUGUGCCAUGUAAAGUGAUAUACUUUUUAAUAAAUACAUCCAAAAUAAUUACAUA